UGAGAUUACCGGAAUCUCGAAUGGACGAAACAGAUGAGUCAAACAAAAGCAUCCUCCAAGCGCGCAUGAUGGCCACAGGUAAGUUCAAGGCCAAGAAACAACUCGGUUCGACGACGACAAUUCAGCAAUGAGUCACUGCACGCGGGCAUCUGGUUCUCCCUCUGCUUCUUGCAAGCUUUGGGAUGGUACCAGGUUGAGAAGAACCGCACGAACUUGAUCGUCUUCACAGACGCGUAAGGAGAUGCAGCGACUAUCGAAUCGGCCUUUCUUGAUUUCCCUUUCCACAUGUCGGAGAACAUUUGACCUAAUACAGGGCAGAAUGCGCUCGGCUACAAGCAAUCUUUGCACCGUCAAUGGAAGUUCGCAGAGAGCUUUUCCGCCAGUUUUGCCGCGAUGUAUGUGAUUGGGGGCAUCCGCGCAACAUUCUACAUUGGCGUUGAAGCUGGAGGUCCUGCAGCCUAUUGGUCUUCGUAUCUGGUCACCAUGGUGUUCACCAUGAUUACCGCCGCCGUCCUGGCAGAGAUCUGCUCGGCCCUUCCUGCUGCUGGUUCAAUUUACUUCUGGGCUGCUGAAGCUGGCGGUCCCAGAUAUGCUCGUCUCUUUGGGUUCAUCGUGGCCUGGUGGUCGUGUACAGCAUGGACGACUUUCGUCGCUUCGCUUUGUCAGAGCACUGCCAACUUCAUCCUGUCGGAGCUUCCUGUCUUUGGCGUCACUUCCCUCAUUACAGACGUCAGCGACAUCAAGUUCCGCGCUGUACAAUGGAUCGUUUCCGAGGGCAUCCUCUUCCUCGCCAUCGGCAUGAACUACCUCAACCCAAAGACCUACAAAUGGAUCUUCAGAAUCGCCUCCGCGCUGAUUGUUCUCGAUUUCGUUCUAAAUAUCAUCUGGUUCCCCAUCGCAGUGUCUCAAACAUAUGGGUUCCAGACCGCCAAGUUCGCAUUUACGCAAACUGAAAACCUGACUGGCGCUCCACCAGUCUGGAACUGGAUGCUGUCUUACUAUGUGACCGCGGGAAUUCUGGUUGGAUUUGAAGCCUCUGGACACAUCUCCGAGGAGACUCAGAACGCCAAUGUCGUCGCCGCCAAAGGUAUCUUCACAUCUGCUCUGGUCUCUGCAUUGAUGGGCUUUCCAAUGGUCAUUCUGUUCUUGUUCUGCUGCCCAGAUCUCAGCGAGUUCAACUUCAACUACCCCCAGCCCUUCGUCGGCAUCUACGCACAGGCCAUGGGCAAAGGAGGUCACCUUGUCAUGAACAUUGUAUGUAUCCUUGGUCUGUUCUUCAACACCACUGUCAGUGGUGUCGCAUCGUCCCGUCUGAUCUGGGCUGUCGCACGUGAUGGCGUGUUGCCCUUCUCAGGCUGGAUUUCUGCUGUUUCUGCAAACAAAGAGCCUAGAAACGCAGUCACUGUCAUGUUGGUCGUCGCGGCACUGCUGCUUUGUACCAUCCUUCCCUCGGCUACUGCCUUCGCAUCUCUGGUCUCUGCUGCAGGUGUGCCCACUAUCACAGGCUAUGCCUUGAUCUGCUUCGGCCGUACUUUCUUGACACCUGGAGAAUUCAAAAACGCCCCUUGGUCCCUGGGUCGUUGGUCGCGUCCCUUGAACUUUAUCGCUCUCAUCUGGAACCUCUACCUGGCUGCAGUCUUGUUCUCGCCCCUUCAGUUCCCUGUUGUUGGCGAAAACUUCAACUAUUCGCCUGUGAUCUUCGGUGCCAUUACCAUCUUCGCUCUCCUCUCCUGGUGGCUCAUGCCUGAAGACAAAUGGCUGCCCUCGGCUCGUCUUGGUAAAGUUCGCAUGCUUGAGGAAGAGUUGAACGCAAACAGGACUGCGCGCAGUUCUAGCAUCUCAGGUCCUUCUUCUUGAAGUUUCUCGAUGGAGCGAUUCAACUUGUGUGAAUAUGGUGAUACAAUCACAGAAGAUGUCUCGUUCGAAUGAAGGAGAGUUUUGCUGAAUGGAUGAUCAGCUGGUUAAGUCUGGCUGGUGAGCGAGAACAAAGUGUAGAGGCAGAGUUCGAGUUUUUGUAUUCGAGAGCGGCGGUUGUUGACAAAAUGGAGAGAUGGCUGUAGUAUAGAUGCGAAAUAAAUCAAUCGUUUGCCAGA